AUAGCUCUCUUGAGGAUCACCACCUUUAUUCACAGUCAUGUAAUUCUAAGUAACUUAAUGGCAGCUUUUCUAAUGAAGUAAUCAGAUUGAGGAAGUCCUUUAUUAACACUGUCUGUUGGCUCAGUGAGGUGAUCAGAGAGGGGGGUGCCCUGUGAUGGAGCCUGUUUUGUACUGUGGCAGUGACCCCCGUUAGCAGCUGUUAGGGAGAGGGUUAUCUGUAUCAAUCUCUGAGUAAUAUCUCCCCUCUUUCUUUUCACAGGCAUUGGUGUAGGACCUUAUCUUACAACACAAACAAAGCUUUUGAUGUGAAAACUAGGAGCAGAGGCAAGCUGCUAUUUUAAAUGAGAAAUUAAACGGUUUUUGUGAGACAGUUCAUUACCAAUGACUUUAUGACACAGAUUCAAUGGGGGCAUGUUAUUCAAAGUCAGGUCAUGAUGUAGACAAUGCCAAGAAGAAGUCCCCACAUAACAAGAAGCACAAGAAUGGAAUCGCUGUGACCAUUGAGUACAGCCCUGUCAGAUCACCCAAUCACGAUGAAGAUAGACUGUCUAUUUAUGAUAAUGAAAGUGAGAAAGAGGACAGAAUUGUCAUAGAAUCAAAUGGAAAUGUUGAAGGACAAUGUUGUUCAAAAGUGGUCAAGGACAAAGAAAAGGUUGUGUCUGGUGAAGAGGGUAAAACUAGUGAGAAAUGUGACCUAGUGACCUCAAAAGAGAGUUCAGAUGAGGUCAUAACCUCAGAUUCAAAAGUGACAGAGAAAGUCGUGUCGGCGUCAGAUAGUGGGAUCGAGAGUCUGCCAGCUCAGGAAUCGUGUCACUCUAGUCAAACAUUUUGUGAUAAAACCAAGCCAUAUCAAAACAGUGACGAGGACGAAACGAUAGCUAGCCCCAAAAACACACAUGACAGUCACGAAGCCGAAGAAGUUGAGGCGAGCUCAGUACCGAUAACAUCAGAAUCGCUACCAUGCUCGCCUAUUCGUCAAAAUACGGUCAGUCCAGAUGGUGUGAAUCUGGAACUGGCCGGCUCGAAAAGAGCCUCGCAGGAGCUCAGGCCAAAGUCCAUCAUGAAAGUAAGAUUUGACUCCGAGGCUAGUUUAGAGUUGACCUCUACAUUUCCAAGGUUAGAGGAAGUGAAGACCAUGCAGAUAGAUGGGAAGGAUGUGGUGGUCAUUGAUGUGGAAACUUAUGCACAUAUCAUGGAGGAGUUGGCCAUGCUCAAGAUGAAGCUCAGUCAGCUGACAGACUUCUUACAGGAACAAGACUUGCUCCAGCUGGAUUCUUCAAGAGAGAGGGCUGAUAUAUCAAGUUUGAGCCAGUCUAUAGAAGACUUAAUGGACACAGCUUCUGUGAAGAAAACUUAACAUUUGUAUAAUUCUUUGAGAGAGAAAAGUCAUUCCAUUGUAAACCUCAUGAAUCAUUCAGCAUCAUACAGCUUGGAGAAGAAAGGAUCCGUCCUAUAAAAGUGCUAAGGGAAGGCCGAAAGUCUCCAUCAUUGGUUCAGAUCUGUCUGUAUUCAUUUCAGUUUGGAUUGAUGCAGAUAGGAUGCUUUUUUACUUAAUGAGCAUAAGGCCAUAUCCUUGUAUUAUGUUAACAAAGACUUAUUUUUUUGUGUGUUCCAUUCUGAAUUUCAUUCAUCAGAAUGAAAGUCUGCAGUUUUAUUUUUAUACUUUUUUUUUAUCUUUCAGAAACAAAAAAAGGAAACACAAAUAAUAUUACAUAAGUUCAUUAAGCAACUGAUUUUAUUUUCUUGUUUUUUAUUUAAUAUUUAUUCUAUUUUAUCUUAUCAAAGAAUGUGGCUAAGAAUACUUUUUCAUUCAUUUCUAAGAACAAAAAAAUUAAUCUGUACUGUCUUUUCUGUACAUUUGCAUCAUUUUAGUUGGGAUUUUGAGAGAAAUAUGGAAGCAGAACAUAGUUCAUAGACUUAUCAAUAGGUUGGUUCAGUGUAUGUGCACUUGAUAAAGGUUGUAGAAGGGGAUUUUUAUUUUUAAUAAAAAGAAUACAUAUUUUUUUGUCAUGUCACAUAAAAGAGUUUAUACAUGGUGUGGAAGCUAUCAAAACUCUAAAACACUUUUUUUUUGAGAGUGAAUAAAAAGAGAAUUUUUAUAUGAUUUUAAGUACAUGUAAAAUAUGACUACAUGAUUUUUAGCUUUAAGAGAAUUAAACAACAAUCAUGGCAAGCAUUCCUAAUUGACUAAGGUCUUCGUAGCUUUACCUUUUUAAGUUUCCUUUAUGUUAUGUAUCAUAAAAUGUAAAAAGGGUAAAACUUCAGGUGUUAUUGAACCAAAAAUCAAGAUCUUAGCCUAGUACUUGUUAUAGUUAGUAGUUCAGGUACAUGUAUCAACACCAAAGUUAGCUAUAUAGAUCUAGUCAUACAAAAUAUAAAGAGAAAUGUGUCUGAAAAAUUUAUUUUCAUUUAAAUCAUUAACAAUGAAAACGCAUCUAGGGGGAGAUAACUCUCCAUGUAACCUCCUCAAUGUUCAUAAACAUUACACGCUUUAAGGUAAAAAAAUAAGUAGUAAUUUAUCUGUUUUAGCAUUGUUAUUUAUCAAUUUGUGUUUGAACGUGAAAUUUAGCUUUUUUUCUCUUUGCGUAGUUGAAGUCUGAAAUUGGUGCAUACCUCUCUUUCAAACGCAAUUUCUUCAUGUGUUCAUAAUGAUAGUACAGUAUUCAUAUACAUGUACUAAAUUAUUCUUUGUUCACUAUUUUGUCCUUACAUUGUAAUACACCUUUUGUUAGAAAUGAUCAUGCAUUAUAAAUUUAAAACAGAAACUUUCUAACAAACUAAAUAAUGAGUAAACAAGU